ACAAGGUUUAUGUAGUAACAUUUAAGAGUAUUAGCUAUGGAUAAUGCUAUUCUUGUUAAAUUAUUGGAAAUCAUUCAAAUUGACAGCAUGGAUGUACAAAUUAUAAACAGUCUGCGUGAAGUAUUGAAAAAUAGUCAUUUUUGCUGGCAUACUGAAUACUUGGAGAGUUGUUCCGGCUGUAAUAGUCGAAAAAGGAGAUCAUUGUUAUUGUCAUCCAAUUCGAUCACACCUGAUGAUAUCAGUUUUAUACAAUUGUCAUUAAACUCAAUACAAUUGUUGAAAGAGUUACAAAACCAGACCCUAGAGCUCAGUGAAACAUGUGUAUAUACGAAGGAAUUGAUACUUGAAGUACUACAAACUGUCUCAAUAGAAUCUUUGAAUAACGAAUAUUCUGUAGACUUUACAAGUGAGUCACUGUCCAAGUUGAAACAGCUUGUAGAUGCCUUUGAAACUAAAAUAAAAAUUAUCAAAAGUCUGGGAGAAUCUCUAAAGGAUUACAUUAGAAUGCAGCAAAAAAUUAAUCUACUGACAUCUACUGAAUAA